GCUCUUUGGCGCCCCCACCCCCGUUUUCGGAGCCCUCCACGCUGCGGCCACUGUCCCCUCCGGACCAUGGCCGACGACGACGUGCUGUUCGAGGAUGUGUACGAGCUGUGCGAGGUGAUCGGCAAGGGUCCCUUCAGUGUUGUACGACGAUGCAUCAACAGAGAAACUGGGCAACAAUUUGCUGUAAAAAUUGUUGAUGUAGCCAAGUUCACAUCAAGUCCAGGGUUAAGUACAGAAGGUAAGAGAUGGAUUUCAAAUCUAAAGCGGGAAGCCAGUAUCUGUCAUAUGCUGAAACAUCCCCACAUUGUAGAAUUAUUGGAGACAUAUAGCUCAGAUGGAAUGCUUUACAUGGUUUUUGAAUUUAUGGAUGGCGCAGAUCUGUGUUUUGAAAUCGUAAAACGAGCUGAUGCUGGUUUCGUAUACAGUGAAGCUGUCGCCAGUCAUUACAUGAGGCAGAUACUGGAAGCUCUACGCUAUUGUCACGAUAAUAACAUAAUUCACAGGGAUGUGAAGCCCCACUGUGUUCUCCUUGCCUCAAAGGAAAAUUCGGCACCUGUUAAACUUGGGGGCUUUGGGGUAGCUAUUCAAUUAGGGGAGUCUGGACUUGUAGCUGGAGGGCGUGUUGGAACACCUCAUUUUAUGGCCCCAGAAGUUGUCAAGAGAGAGCCUUAUGGAAAACCUGUAGAUGUCUGGGGUUGUGGCGUGAUCCUUUUUAUCCUGCUAAGCGGUUGUUUGCCUUUUUAUGGAACCAAGGAAAGAUUGUUUGAAGGCAUUAUUAAAGGAAAAUAUAAGAUGAAUCCAAGGCAGUGGAGCCAUAUCUCUGAAAGUGCCAAAGACCUCGUACGCCGAAUGCUGAUGCUGGAUCCCGCCGAGAGGAUCACUGUUUAUGAAGCACUUAAUCACCCAUGGCUUAAGGAGCGGGAUCGUUAUGCCUACAAGAUUCAUCUUCCAGAAACAGUAGAGCAACUGCGGAAAUUCAAUGCACGGAGGAAACUAAAGGGUGCAGUACUAGCAGCUGUGUCAAGUCACAAAUUCAACUCAUUCUAUGGGGAUCCCCCUGAAGAGUUGCCAGAUUUCUCCGAAGACCCUACCUCCUCAGGAGCAGUGUCACAGGUGCUGGACAGCCUGGAAGAGAUUCAUGCACUUACAGACUGCAGUGAAAAGGACUUAGAUUUUCUACACAGUGUUUUCCAGGAUCAGCAUCUUCACACACUACUAGAUCUGUAUGACAAAAUUAACACGAAGUCUUCACCGCAAAUCAGGAAUCCUCCGAGCGAUGCAGUACAGAGAGCCAAAGAGGUAUUGGAAGAAAUUUCAUGUUACCCUGAGAAUAACGAUGCAAAGGAACUAAAGCGUAUUUUAACACAACCUCAUUUCAUGGCCUUACUUCAGACUCACGAUGUAGUGGCUCAUGAAGUUUACAGUGAUGAAGCGUUGAGGGUUACACCUCCUCCCACUUCUCCGUAUUUAAAUGGUGAUUCUCCAGAAAGCGCAAACGGAGACAUGGAUAUGGAGAACGUGACCAGAGUUCGCCUGGUCCAGUUCCAAAAGAACACAGAUGAACCAAUGGGAAUCACUUUAAAAAUGAAUGAACUAAAUCACUGUAUUGUUGCAAGAAUCAUGCAUGGAGGCAUGAUUCACAGGCAAGGUACACUUCAUGUCGGAGAUGAAAUUCGAGAAAUCAAUGGCAUCAGUGUAGCCAACCAAACAGUGGAACAGCUGCAAAAAAUGCUUCGGGAAAUGCGGGGGAGUAUCACCUUCAAGAUCGUGCCAAGUUACCGCACUCAGUCAUCGUCCUGUGAGAGAGAUUCCCCCUCCACUUCCAGACAGUCCCCAGCUAAUGGUCAUAGCAGCACUAACAAUUCUGUUUCGGACUUGCCAUCAACUACCCAACCAAAAGGACGACAGAUCUAUGUAAGAGCACAAUUUGAAUAUGAUCCAGCUAAGGAUGACCUCAUCCCCUGCAAAGAAGCUGGCAUUCGAUUCAGAGUUGGUGACAUUAUCCAGAUUAUUAGUAAGGACGAUCACAAUUGGUGGCAGGGUAAACUGGAAAACUCCAAAAAUGGAACGGCAGGUCUCAUUCCUUCUCCAGAACUUCAGGAAUGGCGAGUCGCUUGCAUUGCCAUGGAGAAGACCAAACAGGAGCAGCAGGCCAGCUGCACUUGGUUUGGCAAGAAAAAGAAGCAGUACAAAGAUAAAUAUUUGGCAAAGCACAAUGCAGUGUUUGAUCAAUUAGAUCUUGUUACAUAUGAAGAAGUAGUAAAACUGCCAGCAUUCAAAAGGAAAACACUAGUCCUAUUAGGUGCACAUGGUGUUGGGAGAAGACACAUAAAGAACACCCUCAUCACAAAGCACCCAGACCGGUUUGCAUACCCUAUUCCACAUACAACCAGACCUCCAAAGAAAGAUGAAGAAAAUGGAAAGAAUUAUUACUUUGUAUCUCAUGACCAAAUGAUGCAAGACAUCUCUAAUAACGAGUACCUGGAGUACGGCAGCCACGAGGAUGCGAUGUACGGGACAAAACUGGAGACCAUCCGCAAGAUCCACGAGCAAGGUCUCAUCGCGAUACUGGACGUGGAGCCUCAGGCACUGAAGGUCCUGAGAACAGCGGAGUUUGCUCCUUUUGUUGUUUUUAUUGCCGCACCAACUAUCACUCCAGGUUUGAAUGAGGAUGAAUCUCUUCAGCGUCUGCAGAAGGAGUCUGACAUCUUACAGAGAACAUACGCACACUACUUCGAUCUCACAAUUAUCAACAAUGAAAUCGACGAGACAAUCAGACAUUUGGAGGAAGCCGUGGAACACGUGUGCACAGCCCCGCAGUGGGUCCCCGUCUCCUGGGUCUAUUAGGCCCCCCUCCCCCAGAUAUCUGCCGCAUAACUGGGAGCCACCUCAUACAUGGAAAAGCCUCUUUGUUAUCGGCCUUGUGUCAGCAGGUCGUGGUCCCUAGAGACUACCUAGUUGUAGUGUGACCUACAUUUAUAAUUAUUGUCAUGUCCAAAUAGAUAGGAGGAGAAAAACAAUUACACACUAAUUUAAAGAGACAGUAUCUUUUUUAAUCAGUUCUCCUAAACUUUAAUAAAAUGUAUCUUUAAAUGUAUGUAUUAUUCAAUCCUUUGGAAUGUUAUAUUUUUGGAAAUCAUAGCUUUUUAUUUCCAAGGCCCCUAAAAACUGCACAAAAUAGAUGCUGCUUUCUAUAAUCUAUUUUAAUAAUAAUAAACAAUGAUUCUGUUACCUUGACUGGGGUUGGAACACUACAUUCUUUUUAGAGUCUGAUUUUAUGGAUUGGAAUAUCUUUCUUUCCUUUAUUUAUUUGAAAUAAUCAGUCUAGUGAUUACAAAACUCAUAAAUUUUUAAAGGCCUUUUUUUCCUCUUUUUUUUUUAGAAUAGUAUUUUUUUUAAGUCCUUUAUGUAACAUCCAGAUAAUGUGAUACUGUCUCUUUGAAGCACCCUGUAAACCUUUUAGAGAUUUGAAGUUGGGUCUUGACUCUUAAUGCAUGUGGACAGUCGCGAGCGUUUAUGCUGUCGGUGUGUCUGUGUUGGACAAAACAAUCUGUAAUCUACAACAAAGUACAUUCCGUUCACGGGGCACACCCAGGGGAAUAAGAAUAAAAUGCUAUUAUGACUAAGUUGUAAACCUAUGCACAUCCCUUGCAUUUCGGGCAACUUUAUAAAAAAACAAACAAAAGAAACUGAUUUUUAUUAAUAAUAACCAUGUAGUGAAAUGUGUUUGUAAUUUUGUCUCAAUUUAAUUUGUUGUAAGGUGGGAGGGGGAAUUGCUGGUUUCACCAUUUCAGAUCUGUGUUGUCUGAGAGUAUUAACAUUUUAAUUAAGCAAAGAAAUGAGGAUUUUUAAUAUGUAUGUAAUUGUUUUAAAGCACCCAUUUUAAGAGAAUAUACUGUGCAAUGAAGAAACCAGUUUAGGCAUUUGCUAUAAACUGAAUUAUUCCAAAAGAAUAAUCUAUAACAGCCCUGUAAAUUCCUUUAAAAUGAUAACAGGACAGUUUGACCAAUUUUUUUUUAAAUAUACUUCCUUUUAUGUGUUCAAUAA